AGUAUAAAAGCCACGAGCGACAGAGUCGCAGUGGCUUCGGUGGAGCCGAGACGUUAGGAGAGAAGCGUACCUCUACUCUUUUUUUCAACUCUCGUUUCAUCAAAUCUGGACCUUUUCUUUUGAAAUUUGAAAAUGGCUUCUAAUUCUCAGACUGUGCACAAAUUGUACAAAAGUGUAAUCGAUGAUGUGAUUAACAACGUUCGAGAUGCAUUCUUGGACGAAGGAGUGGAGGAAAAUGUUUUGCAAGAUCUGAAACAGAUAUGGGAGGGCAAGCUCAUCCAAUCAAAAGCCAUAGAUCUCACCCAACCACAACCUCAACAUGUAGCUGGCAAGUUCAAAGGUCAACAAGAUGCUUCAAGACAAUAUCAGAUUGCCCAAUCUUCAACAGACAGGCAACAUAUCGACCAGCAAAGAACCCAGCAGCAAAUGGUUCUUCAGGGGGCUACUUCAUCACAGUCAUCUGUAUCUAACAACUUGAGUUCAUCAGCGGUUGCAGCAUCCGCAGCACUUCAGCAGAACAUGCUUCAACUACAAUCACAACAGCAACAGAUCCAGAAUGUACCAUCAUAUACCAUCCAACAAGGAGCUACUGGUGGUGCAACCCAAACAUUCCCAGCAUACCAAAUUCAGACCCAACAGCAGCAAGGUGGUGUGGUUGGGUACCCACCAAUCAUCCUCCAGCCAGGUGCUCAGUCCAAUGCCCAACAAUCACGUAUCAUCACACCCCAAGGUGUUGUGCUGCCCCCAGGUUCAUUAAGAGUGCAAUCCAGUGGAGACCAGCCUUCAAUAGUGCAAGUUGACGGUGCUAAUGAUUCAUCUGAUGAUGAAGAGGAUGACUUCGAUGAUGAUGACGAUGAUGAUAAGGAUGACGACGAUGACGAUGAUGACAAAGAAAAUGACGAUGGUGGUGGUGAAGAUGAGGAGGACCCACUGAACUCUGCUGAUGACGUUAGUGAUGAAGAUCCAGCUGAUUUAUUUGAAUCAGAAAAUGUUGUAGUAUGCCAGUAUGACAAGAUCAAUCGGAAUAGGAAUAAAUGGAAAUUUACCUUAAAACAUGGCAUCAUGAAUCUGAAGGGAAAGGACUAUGUCUUCAACAAAUCAACGGGGGAUGCUGAUUGGUAGUAUCUAUGUGAACAGUGCCCAGUCUUGCAAAGAUGUUUUGUAGAACUGUAGUCAUCAACUCUUCUUGAUUUCUGCUGUUACGUACACAUACCUGCCAGCUGCCCCGUCAUGUGGAUAAUCUCUAUUGUUGAGAGCAUUUUUUUUGUCCACUGGCUCAGUUUGCGUAAGUUGUAUUAGGAGCAGUAAAUAAAUGUUACAAAUAUGGAUUUGUGCCCGUGAAUAGGUGCUUCAGAUUUAUUUCACUUGCCUUAAUCACCUUUUCUAGCUUCAUCUACUUUGCCUGAUUCAAAAGAUAAAAAUGUAAUAACUGUAAUGCGAAGAAAAUGAGGCUUGUCCCUAUCUCUUGACUUAGAGGGAUGAUGGGUUUCAGCUUUAUGUGCAUACGCUUUUCAGUGUAUGAUGUGUUGAUGUAAAUCAAUUUACGUAAACACUGGCCUGGAACCCAUAGAAAAAAGCAUCAAUCUAGCACCCUGCAUUAAAAUUGUGCAUUCAUUUUUAGACCCUUAUUCAAUAUAAACUAAAUUAAGUAUUAAAGGAUACUCCAGGCUGAAGAUAUUCAUAUCUCAAUAAAUAGAGUACAAUUCACAGAGCAAAAAGCUGAAUAUUUGAU